AUGUUUGAUCUGGCCAUGCUGCAGGCCGACAACGCGCCUACAAUGACGACGAGGAAGAAGCGAAAGCUGUACGAGCGAUUCUUGGUCCUUGAGGUCUCGGUCGUCGAAUACGAGACGCCAGGAGAGUACUGCGUCAUCAUCGGCAACGAAAAGGUGUUGCGUCUCUUUGACGAGGUCCACAGCGUCGAGAAGUUUGCACAGCUGCGCGGCCCAUGGGUGUGUACCGAGGUCCACCCUGGCGAGUACGUGCAUGUCAUAGGCCAGUUUGAUAGCAACAACAAAUGCGUCGUGGAUGGCGAUGAGAAUCUGCUCAUUCUUCAUCCGGACAUUCUCGUAACCGGCACCACGGUGGGUGAAAGCUACUUUUGCAUGCGCAAGUCGAUCCUAAAUAACAAGGCCAAGACGUCGAACUACGCCAUGCCGCUUAUCAAGGGGACAAUACUGCACGACUCCUUCGAGACGGCUCUCGGCAGCAACGACUUCUCGACGGAGGCCUUGUCGGCCACCAUCCAGGAAAAGAUUUCGACCAAGCUGGCGGACAUCUACGCCGUCGGCGAAACGGACAUCACCGCCAAGAAGAACCUCGAGGUGGCGAUUCCCAACAUGCAAAACUGGGCACAACGGUUUCUGCACGCUCAACCCAAGACCGAGAUCAAGUUCAUGAGUGGACGGCAGAAGGUCUGCGUGUCCAAGGUGCUAGCCAUCGAAGAAAACAUCUGGUCGCCCGCCUUUGGGCUCAAAGGGAAAAUCGAUGCCUCGGUGGAGAUGAAAGUGGACCGCUCGGGCAGAGCAGAGCACCUCGCCCUGCCGCUGGAGCUGAAGACCGGGAAGCUCUCGCCCUACAACAUUGGCCAUCAAGCCCAGGUCAUCCUCUACACCCUCUUGAUGUCCGACCGAUACGAUACGGAUAUCCGCUCGGGGCUGCUCUACUACGUCGAAUCGGGAGACAUGAUGGCCAUUCAGAUCGCGCGGCAAGAGCUGGUGGCCAUCAUUCAGCGCCGGAACGACAUCGCCGCGCACCUUGUGCAGAAGACCUUGCGGCUUCCCGGCAUGAAGAAAUCCAACGCGUGUCGGAGCUGCCACCAGCUCAGCACGUGCACGCUCUACCACAAAGCGCUCGAGAACGGCAACGCAGAGAGCAGCGGCAUAGACAAGUUCGACCAGCUGACUGGCCACCUCACGGCCGGCCACAUGAACUACUUCUCGCACUGGGAUCGUUUGAUCGACCUCGAGGAAGCUGAAAUGUACAGAAACAGGGAAGAGAUAUGGUUGAUGAGCGGCGAAGAGCGGGAGGCCAAGACCGGCCGCUGCUUCAACGAUAUGGUGGUGGACAAACGCAUGGACAGCGAGAAGGGCUUUCUGUACUGCUUCAAGCGGGCCUCGGUGCGAGAGGCCGAGCGGGAAAGGGAGCAGCGGGGAGGCGUCGCCUCGGCCGCUGCCUCGUCCCUGCUGGACCUUGCGAUCUCGACCGGUGACUACGUGGUCAUCAGUACCGUGGCCGGUGACUUCGCGGUCGCGUCGGGGUUCGUGAAGGAGCUGACCUCCACCUGCGUGUCCAUACAAAUGAGCGAGGAGCUACGACCUCCUCCCAUUCCAGUGUCGGGUGAUGACGGCGAGUUGGCCGGUUCUCAGAUGUUUCGCGGCAUCGUUGAGAUUGAGGACCUGGUGCCGGAUGUACAGAACAAGCGGCUCCGAUCGAACAACGCCAACGUGCCGCGCUACGGUGCGGAGAUGCACAAGAGUUCUCCCGACAGCCAAGCAGCCCCUGGCGCAACGCUCUUUGACGUGCGCUGGCGACUGGACAAGGAGGAGCUGUCCACCGGCUUCUCGCUGGUCAAGCAGAACCUCCUGCGCCUCUUCGUCCACGAGGGCGACCAGAAGCGACGGAGGCUCGUCGUCGACCUUGAGCCGCCGAGCUUCCUCUCCGCCCAGGCGCUCUCCCAGUCGCUCUCGCAGCGGAGCCUGCGUAAGGGCGAGGUCAAGCUGGAGCCGCGGCCGCAGCUCGACGCGAAGAAGUUGGGUCUCAACGCCGACCAGCAACUGGCCAUCGAGAAGGUCCUGCAAGCGGAGGACUACGCCCUAAUCCUCGCUUACGGCAAGUCGGUGCUCAUAACAGCGUACACCCACACCGCCGUGGACAACUUGCUGCUGAAGCUGCUCGACAUGGGCGAAGAGUUUCUUCGUCUGGGAAAGCCCGAGAGCGUGGACUCCCGAAUCCAACCCUACGUGUUCCACAAUGGAAAGGCACCGGGUGGCAAGGCGGUCGCGUCGGUGAAGGAGGUGGAGACCAUCUUCCAAUCGGCGAGAAUCGUGGCCACCACGUGCCUGUCCAUCAACAACCCGCUGUUUGAAAAGCGGCGGUUCGAUUACUGUAUCGUCGACGAGGCCUCGCAGCUCACCCUGCCCGUGUGCUUGGGUCCUAUUCGGUUCAGCGACGUGUUCGUGCUGGUCGGCGACCAUUACCAGCUGCCGCCCCUGGUCCUCAACGCCGAGGCCAAGGAGCUCGGGAUGGGCGUGUCCUUGUUCAAGCGGCUCAGCGAAGCCCACCCCCAAUCGGUGGUCAACCUGGAGUAUCAGUACCGCAUGAAUGCGGACAUCAUGAAGCUGUGCAACCACCUGACCUACAGCCACCGACUUCGCUCUCUGCGGGACCAACUGACGCACCUGGAGCGUCUGCCCGAACCGCUCGUGUAUGGUGUGCGCGUCGCUGAGUCCGGCGGCGAAAGCCCGCUUAAGGGGCACGAGCCAAGCGGCGAUGGGUCCCUGCGAGAGAAGGAGGCCCUGUCUGCGCUGCAUUGGCUGCGCGAGGUCCUCGAUCCCGAGCGCUCGGUCGUGUUCCUCAACACCGACUCCGUUCCCGCGCUCGAGUCCCGUGCAGGCGACGAAGCCGCGGGAGGCGGGGUGCUCAGCAAUCAAAUCGAAGCCGAGCUGGUGUGCCAGAUCACCGACGGGCUCUUGUUGUGCGGCCUGGAUCCUGCCGACCUGGGCAUCAUCUCGCCCUACCGCGCUCAAGUCAAGCUCAUCCGCAGCCUCAUGGCCAAGAUCAACGACUUGACUGGAGACGCCACAGAGAUCCACACUGUCGACAAGUACCAAGGCCGGGACAAGGACUGCAUCAUCGUGUCCUUGGUUCGCUCCAACGCGGAGAAGAAGGUGGGCGAGCUCCUGUGCGACUGGCGGAGGGUGAAUGUGGCUUUCACGCGGGCCAAGAAGAAGCUCAUCAUUCUGGGCUCCCUCUCCACACUCGAGAACAACCACCUCUUCUCCAUCUUCCUUCAGCUGCUUCGCGAUCAGAACUGGGUAUGA